AUGUCUGCCAUCGGCCUUAGUUCAUGCCGACUUUCACAUGCACGACCGUUUGCACCGGCCCGCAUUUUUCAGGGUCUGGUUGCGACUGAAAUCAAAACACUCGCGCUUCUACCGCUGGUUUCAAUCACCGAAAUCACCAAGCUUCUCGUCCAGUUCCUUACACAACACCAGCGGGGUGGCGUAGUUGAUCGCAAGAAGUUGAAGCAGAUCACGCCAGAGCAAGGAACGAAUGGCGCCGGCAACGAGAUUGACGAUUAUGCCGCGCCUGGCUGGGAGUUCGUCCUCGAGAAAGUACCACCUCCAGCGUAUGAGACUACGGAAGAGGGCACCGUCGAUGAUGAGCCGGACAAGGACAGCCAAGCAGGCCUUGAAGACGAGGAUGAAGAAGGGACCUUGAAGGGAUCUGGAGAUGAACUCCGCGAGGAAUCUGCCGAUGCUUCAGAUGUGAAUGAGGACGGAGACACAGAUGAUGAGGGUGAGGGUGAGGGUGAGGAUCAGGCGCACUUCUCCCGCACUUCGACGCAGCCGAACGAAGUCGAGUAUGAGGGAGAGUCGUACAGUGGCAAAGCUGGUCGUAAGGCUCGGAAGCUUCUCGAGUUCAAGCAAAUCACCGGCAGUCGUAUCUCGGACUAUCUCGAUGAAGCUCUGUGCCCGACCUACGACGAGGCAUAUCGCAAGGGGGAGCAGAAGAAGGAGCUUGACUGGAGCAUUGACCUGAUCAACGGCCUCACGGAUCUGGUCUUUUACGAGCCGAGUAGUGCAGCUGUCCACUUGGCGCUGUGGGACCGAGUCCAAAUCGCAGAGGUGUGGUAUCUCGGCUCUGUCGAAGCAUAUGCGUCCAAGCUCACCGGCGAAAAUUCAGGGGCUUUCAAAUGCUUGGAAAAGGUGGAGAGUAUACCAUACGUAGCUGAAGAACAAAUUGAACCACACGAAUGGAGAAUGCUGAACCUUGGGCUCGGCUCUGUCAAAGCACAUCUGCGACAAUUCAGGGGCGUCCAAAGACUUGGAAAAGGCGGAGAGCAUACCUACCUAGGUUCUGAAGAACAUGUUGAACUAUACCGCAUGCAUCUAAGCUUACCGGCGACAAUUCAGGGGCUUCCAAAUACUUGGAAAAACCUACUGAACACACAUGUACGGGACAUAUUGAACUACACGUCCGUCUCCACUCGUACGGAAGGCAAGUGGGCUGGGUUGCCAGGUGCCUCCGCUAGAGCCGUUCUUCCAGAACCUCAGGCACCCACGGAGCGUCUGAAAGGAGACAGCCACACCGUGCGUCUCUGA